AGGUGUAAACUCCCGCCAGCAGACGGCGCCACAGAAACUUUAGGGACGCAAGCUGCCGUUACCCCGAGGAGGAGGAGGAAGAAGAAGAAGAAGCAGAAGAAAAAGAAGAAGAAGAUUUGACGUCAUUUCCUUAAUCCCCUGCGCCAUGCUAACAGCUUUAGCUUAAUAUCCAAGAGAUCUAUUUCCAGAUAGCGCUAGAGACCUUUGUAUUGGUCUAGUUUCAGACAGAAGAAGCUGUUUCUGCCACUCUAUCUCACGGGAAGGAGUUGAUAUUAUCCCGGAAGUAGGGUGGGAGAAAGCGUCGUGUUUCUCUGUUUGUUCUUUUGUUUUGCAGUAGUUAGCUCAGGGUUAGCUUACCGUUAGCUUCCAGUUAGCUCACCGUUAGCUCUGGCUCUCGGCUUAGCUAACUGAACGUUAAAGCAGCCUGGAAUCCGAAGGACGUCCGCUCUGUCAUGAACUAACGUGUGCUGCUGCCGGUACGUACGGCAGGAGGGAUUCAGCUGUGUGUUAGUGAGACAUGGUGUGUGAGGACAUGUUUCCGCUCGGUGUUUUCCAGACAGACCGAGCGGACUAGAGAUGCAGCCUGCGCCGGAGAGAGGAGAGGCGACGGUGGAUGUGAAGUUCACGGAGCUGCCGAGCGCCCUGAUAGCCUGCAGGGUCCCGCAGAGUCUGUUCCACGACGGCGGCGUCCAGUCGGUGCACAUCGGGAGUCCUCGGCUGAUGCCUCCUAAACCAGAUAAGCAGUUCCUGAUCUCUCCGCCGGCGUCGCCGCCCGUCGGCUGGGAGCAGUCCAACGACGCCAUGCCCGUCAUCAACUACGACCUGCUGUGUGCCAUCUCCAAGCUGGGACCAGGGGAACAGUACGAGCUCCAGGUGGCCACGCCCACCACGCCGAGUGUCGUCGUCCACGUCUGCGAGGACGAGCGCGGCGGUAACGUCUCCGCCCCUGACGACGGCUCCGCCCCUGACGACAGCGACCCCGACGACCAGUCCCGCCCCCUGCGGCCGCGGAUCGUCCAGACGCGGCGGCCGGACUUCGGAAACAAUCAGUGAGCGGCGCCGCCAGGGAGCGGGGGCAGAGACAUUUCAUCCUGACACACGGAGAGUAGGAAACACUCUGGGAGCCGGCGGCGUCUCGGAGACGAAACAUUUCAUAUCGACAGAGAAAAGGUAGAGACCAACGCUGCGUUCACAUCCCCAGGUAAAGAGCGGAGAUAUGAACUUCGUAGAAGAGAGCACGGUUGUGCUUCCAGGAUAAAUUGUUUAAUUAGUUAAAAAAUCUGGAGAGGAUUCUGCUAAAGAUCUGAGGAAAAUGUUUGCUGAAACUUCUGAGUGUAAUUCUACUAAAAUAUAAGGAAAAUGUUCAGAAAAUCAGCGUAUUUCUGCAUCCGGAGAUAGUCUUUCCCUGUUGAUGAAAUAAUAGGAGACAGAACGGAAGGAAAUAUUAGUUUGGAAAUGUAGAAAAUAUUGUAAAGUGUAACGUUGUGAUUGUAGCUUUUAGGUAAAAUGGUGCUGGAGGUUAUUUUGAAAUGUGUCAUCACUUUGUGUUUGUGAGAUGCUCAGCUGCAAAAACAAUAAAAUAAAGUCUAUAAAAGA